GAUGCAUUACGCAGUCAUCUCACAUCAUAAAGCAGCAAACUACUGCCAACAAGGAGGACGCAUAUAACUAUUGUUUUCUUGCCCCGAUAUUCCCAUGAAUGAAUCGCGGCUUGCCGAGGCGAGGUCACGACGGUGAUUUUUUUUACCUGGCGUGAUGUAAGCCUCUGUCUUUUGAUUCGAGUUGUACGUUCUCUUAAUUUAAAAGAUUUACCUGUUUCGUAAAAUAUGAGUUGAAUUCUUCGAAUUAAUCGCGCGAUGAGUGUCGUUUGAUUAUAAUACUUCGUACCUAGAUUCUUAUGUGUAGGUUUGUUUAAGUGUUUUGUGGAUAAACUAGCGCAUGCGUAUAAUAUUCUUAUCACCAUGUCGUGAACUUGUGAAACCGCGGCACACAAACGCAGUUUAUUUGCGUUUGAAAACAGUUCACUCGAGUCGUGACCGAGUGAUGUGAUGUGAAACUAUUUUUGAGCAGUUAACCUCACUUCCUCAACCAAGUUUAUAUACGGUGAUUCAUAGAUUCAGCUGUGUGAUUUGUGAUUUUGAAUUAUCUAUAUUAGAAGUUUAAUAAUCGAUUUAAUAAAAGAAAUACAACGCUGUGUUUUAAAAAUGUUAGACGUAAUGCCGUGUCAUAAUCGAUAAGAAACUGAAGAUGGAAACAAUAAAAGUGUUCUACAGAUGAUAUUAAAAUGGAUAAAUGUUUUGCCGCGUGCGGCUGUGACGAUCUCGAGGGAAUAACAAAAUCUGAUUUGGAUCGCUUCACUGAUAAAAUAGAAAAUGUUCUCAACGAUGAAAAAGGGCGGAGACUCUUCAGAAACUUCAUGUUUUCCAGCAACAUGAGACACGGGCGAAAGGCUUUGGACUUAUAUGAGAACAUCGAGAGAUUGCUAAGUUCUACAGAGGACCCCGAAAGUGCGUCUUUUCGGCGUUAUUUACGAGAAUACGAUCGUGUGAUCGAUGCAGCGGAGAGAAUUGAAGAGCUAGACUUUGCUACUAUGGAAAGACUGGUGAUCGCGCGCGAUUCAGAAAAUAAAGAAGAAAUGGCCGAAGUAUUAAAAGCUUUAAAACUAGAAGUAACCAAAGCACUUAGAAGGGAAUACAGCGCGUUUAGAAUACGUUUUGUACCGUCCAAACACAACUGAAUUAAAGUUUUAGGGAAUGAACUGAGUAACUGUGCCUUGCUUCAUCAGGCGUUCAUAAUUCGCGCCAAUAAUUUUCUUAGGGUUAAAGUACACUCAUGCACAGUUUUCUUCAACAAACGAACAAAGGGUAGAAACAGAAAAUAAUUAAUCUAAUAUUUUGCGAUGUGCCCAAGGAAAUCCAUUUCCAUUUAUCACAAAAACCUGUACCUGCCUCAAUUUCAACAGAAUUUGUAUUUUUUGUUUUUAUUAUCAUUAAAAUAAUGAUAAUUAAACUCAUAGUGAGAAAUAAAUUAUUUUAAUGCA